AAUGGCUGCGAGCACCUCAGUAGCCCCUGUGGCGGUGACGGCUGCUGUGGGGCAGGUCCUAUCAGCCAGCAGUGGUUUCUCAAACUUGCGAGAAAUUAAAAAGCAGCUGCUACUUAUCGCGGGCCUUACCCGGGAGCGGGGUCUACUGCACAGCAGCAAAUGGUCCGCAGAGUUGGCCUUUUCCCUCCCUGCGUUGCCUCUGUCCGAGCUGCAGCCGCCACCGCCUAUUACAGAGGAGGAUGCACAAGAUAUGGAUGCUUAUACUCUGGCCAAGGCUUACUUUGAUGUUAAAGAAUAUGAUCGGGCAGCACAUUUCCUGCAUGGGUGCAACAGCAAGAAAGCCUAUUUCCUAUACAUGUAUUCUAGGUAUCUGUCUGGAGAAAAGAAGAAGGAUGAUGAAACAGUUGACAGUCUAGGUCCUCUGGAAAAAGGACAAGUUAAAAAUGAGGCUCUUAGAGAGUUAAGAGUAGAGCUCAGUAAGAAACACCAGGCCCGGGAACUUGAUGGAUUUGGCCUUUAUCUGUAUGGGGUGGUACUUCGUAAACUUGACUUGGUGAAAGAGGCCAUUGAUGUGUUCGUGGAAGCUACUCAUGUUUUGCCUUUGCAUUGGGGAGCCUGGCUGGAGCUCUGUAACUUGAUUACAGAUAAGGAGAUGCUAAAGUUCCUGUCUUUGCCAGACACCUGGAUGAAAGAGUUUUUUCUGGCUCAUAUAUAUACGGAGUUGCAGUUGAUAGAGGAGGCCCUACAAAAGUAUCAGAAUCUCAUUGAUGUGGGCUUUUCUAAGAGCUCAUAUAUUGUUUCCCAAAUUGCAGUUGCCUAUCACAAUAUCAGAGAUAUUGACAAAGCCCUCUCUAUUUUUAAUGAGUUAAGGAAACAAGACCCUUAUAGGAUUGAAAAUAUGGACACAUUUUCCAACCUUCUUUAUGUCAGGAGCAUGAAAUCUGAGUUGAGUUAUCUGGCUCACAACCUCUGUGAGAUUGAUAAAUAUCGUGUAGAAACAUGCUGUGUAAUUGGCAAUUAUUAUAGUUUGCGUUCUCAGCAUGAGAAAGCAGCCUUAUAUUUCCAGAGAGCCCUGAAAUUGAAUCCUCGAUAUCUUGGUGCCUGGACUCUGAUGGGGCAUGAGUACAUGGAAAUGAAGAACACAUCUGCUGCUAUUCAGGCUUAUAGACAUGCCAUUGAGGUCAAUAAACGUGACUACAGAGCUUGGUAUGGCCUUGGGCAGACAUAUGAAAUCCUUAAGAUGCCAUUUUAUUGCCUUUAUUAUUAUAGGCGGGCCCACCAGCUUCGGCCGAAUGAUUCUCGUAUGCUGGUUGCACUAGGGGAAUGUUAUGAGAAACUCAAUCAGUUAGUGGAAGCCAAAAAGGUACCUCAAAUUGGGGAUUUGGGUGAAAGUCUGCUGUUUGGAUUAGGAGUUAGAUCUGAUUUGUACUUAAAGAUCAAUUUCUUUUGUAGGCUUCAUGAACAGUUGACUGAGUCAGAACAGGCUGCCCAGUGUUACAUCAAAUAUAUCCAAGACAUUUAUUCCUGUGGGGAAAUAGUGGAACACUUGGAGGAAAGCACUGCUUUCCGCUAUCUGGCCCAGUACUAUUUUAAGUGCAAGCUGUGGGAUGAAGCUUCAACUUGUGCCCAGAAGUGUUGUGCAUUCAAUGAUACCCGGGAAGAGGGUAAAGCGUUGCUCCGGCAAAUUCUACAACUACGGAACCAAGGCGAGACUCCUUCAACUGAGAUGCCUGCUCCCUUUUUCCUCCCUGCAUCACUGUCAGCUAAUAACACUCCCACACGCAGAGUUUCUCCACUCAAUUUGUCUUCAGUCACACCAUAGUUGGCUGCUUUCAAGCCAGCACAUUGCCAGACUCAUAGUAAGCCUUAACUCCAGGUAAAGAAUGGCCACGUCUGUUCUUCCAAGGACUUUAGCUCUUUUUGUUUGUACAAAUGGAAGCAUUUCCUUGGGAACAGUUUAUAAGACUCACUUUAAGAGGCAGAUUGACAGAAGAACCCUGGCAGGAACAGACAUUGUUUUUCUUUGCCAGUUAGAAGCACUUCUCUCUUUUGUUUAGAGUGUUCCUUAGAUCUUGGCCUCCUUCCCAGACUUUUUUCUUCCCCCAGAAACAUCCCUUUAACAGCACUUUAGCACAGGCAGUGCUACAAGAAUGAAAGUUUUAAUGCUGCUAGGAGUGCCAGCUUUAGAGAGGAAAGGAAAGGAGUAAAGUCUGCCACCCUACCCUCUGCUGGAAGUAGGGUCACAGUAUAUCCUAAGGUCAGGGCACUGGAUAGACAUGUUUUUGUUCUGAGAUUUGCUGAGCAUGAUUAUUUGAUGUCAGAGACUGGUUUUAAAUGGAAUGAAGCUAUAUGUUUGUUAUUCCUGGAGGGAGACAUUUUUCCAAAACAUGGUUUUGAGGAGGCAUUUGGUUUUAAAAUUGGAAGUAAAUUAUACUAGAAUUAAAUAAAAGAAGGGGCAAGAAGAAUCUCACUGAACCUGGGACUGCUGAUGGUCUUUUCUGAGGGCAAAAGACACUAUAGUUAGCUUUAGCCCUAUAAAAAGCAAAGCAAGGAGGUAGGAUUACAGGUAAUUUCAUGGACAUUUGGAAUAAGUUUUGUGAACAAUAAACUUACUUCAUGCUGGC